CCCAUGACAGAAUAGUGCUGGCGGGCUAGUGGCUAACAAGUUGACUGAAUAGCGGUAGUAUAUGGACAGUAGAAACCGUACCAGUAAUUUUGAAAUUAAUUUUGAAAUGUACAAACUUGAAUAUCAGGCCAACAUGGCGCCGCUGGGCUGAGGAAGACGCGGACAUCGCCAGCUAAAGCCGCGAAUGCUUAGAAACAAACAUUAAAACGUCGUCGGCUAACAGUUAGCAGACAGACAAACGUCCCUGAGGACAGCCUGAAUAUCUACAGCCCCCGUCCUCCUCCUGUGAGCCAGUCGGACAACCUACCGGGAGACCCCCAACCAAGCAAAGAUAUGCAGUCGUCAGAGCAGCGCUGACAGGCCUGGCUCUGGAUUAACACGACCAUGGAGUCCUCCUCAGAGUCCCAGCAGGAGCCUGAGAAAACGUUGCACCAUGCAGAGUUGAGAGAGCACCAUGCCACCUCCGCUGCCGUAGUGUGCGGUGAUGACACCAUCCUUCUGACCCCAGGCAGGAUGAGCCAGCGCCAGGUGAAGGAGCGGGACAAGGAGAGGGAGAAGGAGGCAGGCCUCCAAACCCCCAGCAGGGAGCACGUCGCCACCCCCUCUUCCCUCAGCCCGGGGAUCAGCUACAGCCACGGUUUCGAGAGAGGGAAGGAGGACCUCUUGCCUCUGCCUUUAAAAGAGGACUCACAUUCCAUAUCUAAGAGCAAGUCUGAAACAAAGCUAUACAAUGGCUCAGACAAGGAUGUGUCAGCGUCUGGAGGAAAGCUCACCAAGAAGGAGUCUCUCAAGGUGCAGAAGAAAAACUACAGGGAAGAAAAGAAGAGGGCAACCAAGGAGCUGCUCAGCACCAUCACUGAUCCCUCCGUCAUCGUCAUGGCCGACUGGCUAAAGAUCCGUGGUACUCUGAAAAGCUGGACCAAGCUGUGGUGUGUGCUAAAACCAGGCGUCCUGCUCAUCUAUAAAACCCACAAAAACGGUCAGUGGGUGGGAACGGUGCUGCUCAACGCCUGCGAGCUCAUCGAGAGGCCCUCUAAGAAGGACGGCUUCUGCUUCAAGCUCUUCCACCCCCUGGAGCAGUCCAUCUGGGCCGUCAAGGGUCCUAAAGGAGAAGCAGUUGGCUCCAUCACUCAGCCAUUACCCAGCAGCCACCUCAUCUUCCGCGCUGCCUCGGAGUCUGAUGGCCGAUGCUGGAUGGACGCCUUAGAGCUGGCCUUGAAGUGCUCCAGCCUGCUGAAGAGAACCAUGAUUCGCGAGGGGAAAGAGGACAUGAGCACAGUAGGCACUGGCGGAGAACACUCCAUUAAUUUCUACAGCCUCCUCCGAGCCCACAACAUCCAUGGUUUCCAGUUUAAUGACAGCGACCAUUUGAAAGACCCAGACCUGUACUCAGACAAGUCAGACAGGGAGGGUGAACAGGACCACGAGGAGUCAGACCCAGAAGGCAUGGAGAAGAGCGAGGAGAGCGACAGCGACACGUCAGAGCGCCAAGAUGACUCAUACAUUGACCUGGACCCGAAUGAACACGUGCGGGAAACCCCGUACCUGGAACAGUCUCACGAGGAACUUGGAGAGGCUGGCGAGGCUGCCCAGACAGAGACAGUGUCAGAGGAGAAUAAAUCUCUGAUCUGGACUCUGCUGAAGCAGGUGCGACCUGGUAUGGAUCUAUCCAAGGUGGUGCUGCCCACCUUCAUCCUGGAGCCAAGGUCCUUUCUGGACAAACUGUCUGACUACUACUACCACGCAGACUUCCUGUCAGAGGCUGCAAUUGAAGAGAACGCCUACAACCGGAUGAAGAAGGUGGUGAAGUGGUACAUCUCUGGAUUUUAUAAAAAGCCAAAGGGCUUGAAGAAGCCUUACAACCCCAUUAUUGGAGAGAUGUACCGCUGCAUGUGGCUCCACCAGAAAACCAACAGCAAGACCUUCUACAUCGCGGAACAGGUAUCCCAUCAUCCUCCAGUGUCAGCUUUCUAUGUCAGCAACAGGAAGGACGGAUUCUGUCUCAGUGGCAGCAUCCUCGCCAAGUCCAAGUUUUAUGGAAACUCCCUGUCGGCUAUAUUAGACGGCGAGGCUCGGCUCACUUUCCUCAACCGAGGAGAGGACUAUGUGAUGAACAUGCCCUACGCUCACUGUAAAGGCAUCCUGUAUGGCACCAUGACCCUGGAGCUGGGUGGUCAGAUAACCAUUGCGUGUGAGAAAACGGGCUACAGUGCUCAGCUUGAGUUCAAACUGAAGCCGUUCCUGGGCAGCAGUGACAGUGUCAAUGAGAUCUCUGGAAAGAUCAAGCUGGGGAAGGAGGUGUUAGCUACGCUAGAAGGACACUGGGACAGUGAGAUCUUUAUUAACGACAAGAAGACAGGGACGGUGGACACUUUCUGGAACCCGACACCGGAGCUGAGGCAGAGCCGACUGACCCGCUGCACCGUCCCCCCAGAGGAGCAAGGAGAGCUCGAAUCAGAAAGGCUGUGGCAGCACGUGACCCGGGCCAUCACCAACAAGGACCAGACCGAGGCCACCAACGAGAAGUUCAUCCUGGAGGAGGUUCAGAGGAAGUCCGCCCGCGAGCGAAAGGCCAAGUGUGAGGAGUGGAACCCCGCCCUGUUCGAGCAGGACCCCGUCACCGGAGAGUGGCAUUACAGAUAUGCCGACACGAGGCCAUGGGAUCCGCUCAACGACCUGAUCCAGUUUGAGAAAGACGGCUGUAUCCAGACCAAGGUCCGACACCGCACCCCUAUGGUACGUUCUGGCAGUCUUAUUAGUCUGAGUAACCAGGGGCCGCGGAGGGACAAUUGCAAGUGCCAGGUAACGGUGCCAAAGAGGAAACACAAGAGCGACAAGCCCAAGAGCCCGGAGAGUGGCUGUUCUUCCCCCGAACCCGACCGCCAAGACUCGUCUGGCAGCGAACGACACAAAAGCAAGCAUAACAGUCGGCUGAGGAAAAAAGGAGCAGACCUCAGUGAACUUCAAAGUGCCAUUGAAUCUAUAAAGCGGACGCAGGAGGACAUUAACAGGAGCAUCAGUGUGCUGCGCAGCCGUGCGACGGGCCGGGCGGAGGGCGGCUCUUUCCUCCAGCAGCGCGACUACGUCAUCAUCAUUUUCCUCAUCCUCCUUCAGGUCCUGAUCAACUAUGUCUUCAAGUAGCAGCCAUAACCCCUCAGAGACAGUGACGCCCUCACACACACUCACACACACACUCUGAACGUUAGCCGUCACAGCAGGGGGGGAGGGGGGACUAAGAGAAGUGAACUUUGACCCCUCACAAUA